GAAGCCUGGUGGAUUCAAUUUUACCCUGAUAUCCCAGGAUACUGAAGAAGAGUCAAUUAUUCAAAGGCGACUGCAUGUUCGAGCCCUUUUCAGACUCACUGCUUUGAGUCUACGACUGAAUGCAACCUCCAAUGUGCUCAAAAGAAUGGGCUUGCAUUUCAAGUGGCCAUUAGGGGCUCCUAUGCUGGCAGCGCUAUAUGCAAUGAGUGUGGUUUUAAAAAUGCUGCCUGCCUUGGGCAUGGCUUGUCCACCAAAAUGCCGCUGCGAGAAGCUGCUCUUUUACUGUGACUCUCAGGGGUUUCACUCAGUGCCAAACAACACUGACAAGGGCUCUCUAGGUUUGUCACUGAGGCACAAUCACAUUUCUGAACUUGAAAGGGAUCAAUUUGCAAGCUUCAGUCAACUUACUUGGCUCCACUUAGACCAUAAUCAAAUUUCAACAGUUAAAGAAGAUUCUUUUCAAGGACUCUAUAAACUUAAGGAAUUAAUCCUAAGUUCCAACAAAAUCUCUUACUUGCCAAACACAACUUUUAGUCAACUGCUUAACCUGCAAAAUUUGGACCUGUCUUUUAAUCAGUUAUCAUCUCUGCAUCCAGAAUUGUUCUAUGGCCUUCGGAAGCUGCAAACCUUACAUUUGCGUUCCAAUUCCCUGCGGACCAUUCCUGUUCGCCUUUUCUGGGACUGUCGUAGUCUGGAGUUUCUGGAUUUGAGCACAAAUCGUUUGCGAAGUUUGGCUCGCAAUGGAUUUGCAGGAUUAAUCAAACUGAGAGAGCUUCACCUAGAGCACAACCAGCUGACAAAGAUUAAUUUUGCUCAUUUCCUACGGCUAAGCAGUCUGCACACACUCUUCUUACAGUGGAACAAAAUUAGCAACUUGACAUGUGGGAUGGAGUGGACCUGGGGCACCAUAGAAAAGCUUGAUUUGACUGGAAAUGAAAUCAAAGCCAUCGAUUUCACAGUGUUUGAGACCAUGCCUAAUCUUAAAAUACUUCUAAUGGAUAACAACAAGCUACACAGCCUGGAUUCCAAGAUCUUAAAUUCUCUCAGAUCCUUAACUACAGUUGGCCUCUCUGGCAAUCUGUGGGAAUGCAGCCCCAAAAUAUGUGCACUGGCCACAUGGUUGAGUGGCUUCCAAGGUCGGUGGGAGCACUCAAUACUGUGCCACAGUCCAGACCACACCCAGGGAGAGGAUAUUCUAGAUGCAGUUUAUGGAUUUCAGCUUUGCUGGAAUUUAUCAACUACUGUCACUGCCAUGGCUACAAGUUAUAAAGAUCCAACCACUGAAUACACAAAAAGAAUAAGCUCAUCAAGUUACCAUGUGGGAGACAAAGAAAUCCCAACUACUGCAGGCAUAGCAGUUACUACUGAUGAACACUUUCCUGAACCAGACAAUGCCAUCUUCACUCAGCGGGUAAUUACAGGAACAAUGGCUUUAUUGUUUUCUUUCUUUUUUAUUAUUUUUAUAGUGUUCAUCUCCAGGAAAUGCUGCCCUCCUACUUUAAGAAGAAUUAGGCAGUGCUCAAUGAUUCAGAACCACAGGCAACUCCGAUCCCAAACACGACUCCAUAUGUCAAAUAUGUCAGACCAAGGACCAUAUAAUGAAUAUGAACCCACCCAUGAAGGACCCUUCAUCAUCAUUAAUGGUUAUGGACAGUGCAAGUGUCAGCAGCUGCCAUAUAAAGAAUGUGAAGUAUAAUUCCUACAAGUCAUCAAAAAUUACAUCAGAUAAGUAACCUAUUUUAAAUUGUAGGGGGCUAAAUAUAUAACUAAUUUUUACAAAUGGUGACAUUAAGCCUAAUUUUCCAAAACAAGUGGAGACAUAGUUUUUGAAGUGGUGAAGUAUUUUUUAUUUUUAUUUUUUAAAUGGAACCAUAUUUUAAGUGUUAAAAGAAGCAAUGAUUACAUUACUUUGCACUCCUAUUUGGAAAUCGAUGAAAUGCUCACUUCAAAAUAAUGUAAGAUGUUUCAUGUUAUGUAAUUAUACCAUCAUGUGUAAACAUUUAUACUAUAAAGUCUCCAAUGUGCUACUUUUUUCUAUUGAAAACAGUCUGGAAAGAAAGAAGUGAGCAUGAAAGAAUACAGAUCAUAAUCUGUUCCACUGUGGCUAUCUGAUCCCAUGUAUUACAGCUGACUAACUAACUAUAAAGGAAGACUUAAUGAAAGAUUUCAUAUGUGAUUAUAAUUUGAUACUGACUCAGAUCUAUAAUCAACAGUCACAUCUAAGUGGAAUUUUGCAUAUAAUGAGAAAUGGCCCAUUUAAAAGCCUAUUUGCCCAAGUCUAUCCAGUCAUUGCCUAGGUUAGUAGGUAUAUGUCAAAGCUCACAUUACAAAUUCCAAACACUUUAUAUAAUUUGAAUGGGCUUGGUUCAGAUGCUUAAAGAAAGAAUUCAACUGAUUAUGAAAUGGUCUCAUUACAGUUAAAUCAAUACCAAAUAAUUACAUCAAAUCAUUAGGUCUCUGGUUUGACUUUUAUAAAUCUUUUUGUGAAAUUUAGACAAUUACUUAAAGUGGAGUGGUAAAGUGGCAUUUCAAUACUAAUGUACUCAACCUUACAUGUAAGUGUAAAUGGAAAACCAAGGUUAACUGAGGGAGGGAGCUAUAAUGAGGGGGGAAAUCCACAAAUGAGUCAAUGCCAUAAUCCCAUGACAUUCUUAAUCCAGCCAGAAGACUAAUUCACAUAAUGCUGUUAUGACCACUUGUCCCAAGAGGGGUUUAAACUCUAUACCUUCCUUUUGUCUAUUUUUCAAUCUUUAAAAAACAUUUUAAAUAACUGGCUAGAAAGACAUGCCAGAAUACAAAUUGACUACCAAAAUCACUUCUUUAAAAUACUGAGUUUUAUGCUCAAGAAUGAAAUUUAAAAAAAAAAAAAAGGAAAAAAGACUAAUUUAAAAACAAAGCAUUCUGAAAAUUAAAAUAAAGGUGAGUGCUACUUAAAAAUAACUUGUCAGGAAAAAAAAUAUAUAUGUCUAUGUGGUCACAUAGUAGUGCCUUGGUACCAUUGGUGUGAGGCAAUGAAAAUUCAAACAUUAUAGAAUUUUGAAUGGUUCAAAACAAACCAGGUUAAGUAAAGUUAACUAAAGCAAGCAAAAGUAGGGUGCAUAUGGACAGUUAUAUGUACCGAUAUGCAUUGGUGUGUCAGAUACAAUAGUAUCAGACCAUUAGAUUUCCAUACACAUAGCUGAAAUGGUUUUUUUUUAAAAGAAUAAUCCAAUAAUUCAGCGUGUUAAUAUAGUUUUAAAUAAUUUAGUGAUUACUGGGAGCUAAUGUCAAACUUUUCAGACAGAAAAGACUCACCUAACUAUUGUUGUUUUAAUUUCAGUUUUGAUAAAAAGCAAUUGGUAGGAAACUUGGAUUUCAGAGGCCAAUUCCAAAUUCAUAUUUUAACAUUUCCUCAUAAACAAGAUAUAAUGUGUCUAUAACCACAUGUGACUUUAGGAUCAAAUCACUGACUUGAUUGAAAAGUGUGUAUUUUUUUAAACCACUGGCGUUAUUUGCUGUCUGAAAAAUGGUAUAUACACAAAUGCCCUGACCCUCUCUCCCAACCCACCCAAAAGUUUCCUUUUUGUUCUUCGAUUAUGUUGUUUACAGGAAUAAUAUUCUUCAAUGAGGACAGUCUUUCCUAUUAGGAAAAUGGAAUAUCAGACUAUACUGUCCCAUGGCAUUGUACUAUGUUUAACCAUUACGGCCUUCUGGAGCAAGAUAGGUGUAUACACCUCUCUCUUUCCCCCUCCCCUACAAUUUUUUCUAAGUCACUAAAGGAACAAGAAUAUUAUUAAUUAUGGUAUAAUAUAAUUGCCUUUUAGAAAGGUACGUUAUGGUAAAGCCAUAUUUUUUUUACUCCUAAGCUUAUGUCCUGUUCAACCGAUGUGCAGCAGGCAGACAUCACCCUCAUUUCUUGUUAAACUAUAUACUGUGUUUGCCUGUGCAAGUGCAGAAACUGAUUUUACAAGAUAUACAAAAGGAAACACUGGUCCCAAAAGCAGGAUCAGAACCUGACUGGAUAAAAUAACUAGCUCCAGCACACUAAUAUCCAGCUCUGUACCUAAGGGGCAACCACGGUUGUUUUGUUAUUUCUGAUCAUGACAAGAGUUGCUCUAGGCAUAAUGAAGGCUUCUUGGAUGGUGAUGAGUAACAGGACUAUUUGUAAAAAUUUUAAUCACAAAUUAGCAGGUAGUUUAAACUGAUUUUUUCUUAAGAAACAGCACAGAAGUCCCACAAGACACAGAAAGAAAAUGAGCUAUCCACAGGUAAAAUUCUGAGAACUGAAAGGAAAAAGCUGGCUCUGUAACCUCUGAGGAAUAGGAUGUGCAAAGACCACCAAGAGAGACUUUUCAAGUGGAUCUUAAAAAGAUAAAAAUGAUUGAUCUUCUCUGCCUUUUGGCAUGCAUGGAGAGAAUGUGAAUAGCCAAACCAAACACCUAUUUUCCUUUUUCACUAAUGAGGCACCUUCCUUUCCCUGUAACCCACAGAAGACAUGAAUCUAUUUAAUUUUGAUCUCUUUAUGCUUCAGCAGCAGAGAUUAGGUUAUUAUUCAUCUGUGCUCUCUCUCUUCACAAACUGGCUAUUGUCAUACAACAGCUCGGUAUUUUGUUAAUUGAAAUCAAAUGAAUUUAUGUUAAUUUCCACUCCCACACACACACACACACACACACACACACACACACACACACACAAAGUUUUAUAUCAUUUUUACUACACAGUCACUAAAAACAGAAUCAAACCCAUGAUAUGAUGUUAUGCCCACCUAGUACCAGGAACCAGUUUACAACCAUUUAUAUACAUUGCUUGAGCUUCUGAGAGCUUGAGCUUGCAUGGGAUUUCAAUCACUUUAUUGAAAAGGAAAAAAGGCCAGUAAAUUUACAAAUUCAUAAAGCUGAGCUAGAGAGAGCACCCACUGCCAACAAUUGAAAGCAAAAAGAUACUUGUUUUCUAAGCCAGAAAUCUGUACUAACAUUCAUAAUUUCCUACUGUGCCUAAGUUAAUUUUUGCGCCAGUUUAAUGAAUAGGAAAUUGAUUAAAUCUCUCAAUUUCAAUAAUUAUGAAAACCCAUCUGCUUACUCUAAGGCCAUGUAGGCCUUAGGCUUUUUGAGUCUUUCCUGGAUCCUUCCAAUAAGACUCCCCUGUUGAAGCACUGAGGUAUUAAAUCUAAAAUUUAAAACUACUGAGAAUGCAAUUUUUAAGGCAUACUUGCUAUCUGAGACUAAGAAUAGUGAUCACACAAGCUUUAUUACAUCUCUGAACCUAUAUAAAGUAUAAAGCUCCUAGCUGUUAUCAUUUUCCUAACAUAGCAAUACAGUUAAAGGCCAUUUUGGAGAAUCUACUUUGGGCUAGUUUUCAUAUCUUAUUCGAUAAGCAGCUUCUUGAGAGGUAAGGCACAGAGAGCUGGACAAAUAAUUCACAUCUAUAUAACCAGAGGCAAACUCAUGAUCUAAUAAGGCCAUACCAAAUAUAAAAAUGACUGUUUAAGCUUUCGUAUUGAAGAUGCAAACAUCUAAAAAGCUCCAUCUGCUACUCUUUUCAACUAAUCUUUUUUUCCCUUAGUGAUAAAAAUCCACAUAUAAGGAAUGCUAUAGUAAUUUUUUUUCUAUCAACAAUGAACCUGGAGACUCAAAAGUGCAGCCCAAAUGCAUUGUGUUCAAAUCACCUUUGAGAGCCAUUUUGGGGGUAUGGGUGGGAUAGGAGGGCUAUAACCUGGGGUGAGGGAGCAGGGGAAGGGAGGGCUUGGGGAGUAAGGGAACAAUAAAGUACAGUGUACAGGAAAGUUUUGCUAUUAAAAUUGUGUAUACUGUAAGACUGAAUGCCUCUUU